AUGCAAAUGGCUCCUCUAAUGAACUCAAACACUUCAACUCUUGUACUUCACCCUUCAUCACAAGUAGAGGAACCCAAAAAAGAAAAUAUGCUUUCUAUAUUUGACUCAAAUAUGCUCCAAAAGCAAGUGAAUAUACCAAAAGAAUUCAUUUGGCCCUCUAUAGACUUAGUUAGCACAACCCAAGAGGAACUAAAAGAACCUCUCAUAGACCUAAGCAUCAUGAAUAGUGGUGAUGAAAAAGCUAUUGCAAGUGCUGCUGAGCUUGUUAGAAAAGCAUGCUUGAGCCAUGGUUUCUUUCAAGUGAUAAAUCAUGGUGUGAAACAAGAUCUUAUCAAUGAUGCUUAUUGUGAAGUUGAUUCCAUUUUCAAGCAACCUAUUAGCAAGAAGUUGAGUGCUAAGAGGGUAGCUGGUGGAAUCUCUGGAUACUCAGGUGCUCAUGCAGAUAGAUACUCUUCUAAGUUACCAUGGAAAGAGACAUUUUCUUUUGUAUACAAUCAUCAUCAAAAUAGCUCCAACUCUCAGAUUGUUAACUACUUCAAAUCUGUCUUAGGAGAAGAGUUUCAAAACACAGGAUUGGUGUAUGAAAAGUACUGCGAAGCAAUGAAUGAAUUAGCUUUAGUAAUUAUGGAGCUAUUGGCCAUUAGUUUGGGGAUAGAUCGUUUGCAUUAUAGAAGAUUUUUUCAAGAUGGUGACUCAAUAAUGAGGUGUAACUAUUAUCCACCUUGCAAAAGUUCAGCUCUCACCUUUGGUACUGGUCCUCACUCUGACCCUACUUCAUUAACUAUUCUUCAUCAAGAUCAAGUUGGAGGUUUACAAGUUUUUGCAAAUCACAAAUGGCUUUCUGUUCGCCCUAGAUCUGAAGCCUUAGUCAUAAACAUAGGCGAUACUUUCAUGGCGUUAUCAAAUGGGAGAUACAAGAGUUGUCUGCAUAGAGCAUUGGUGAACAAAUAUACAGUAAGAAGAUCAUUGGUUUUCUUUGUGUGUCCAAGAGAAGACAAGGUUGUGAGACCAUCAGAAAAUUUGUUAAGCAAAAAUGAAGCAAGAAAGUACCCUGAUUUCACAUGGGCUAGUUUGUUUGAAUUCACACAGAAACACUAUAGAGCUGAUGUUGCAACCCUCCAAAGCUUCUUUCAGUGGCAUUCCUCUUCAAAAUUAUUAUGA